CGGCGGGUGGUGCUGAGGCUCGGGCGCUGCAGCCCGGCCACGAGCGCUGCUGCUGCGGCAGCCCCGGCCUGCACCCUCGCCACAGCACCCGGCUCCGCCAGUGGUCCCCAGGACCCCGCGCCCCCGCGGUCCUCGCCAGCCUCCGUGGAACCCGCAAUGGCCCCGCGCAAGAAUGCCAAGGGCGGCGGCGGCUUCAGCACCGCAAGCAGCAGCAGCAGCAGCAGCGGUGGCGGCGGCGGCGGCUCCAGCAGCAGCGGCGGCACGAGCACGAGCACGAGCAGCGGCACCGGGAGCUACAGCAGCGGGAGUCGGAGAGAUCCAAAGCAUGGAGGACACAGGAAUGGGAGGAAAGGAGGACUUUCUGGAAGCUCGUUUUUCACAUGGUUUAUGGUCAUCGCCUUGCUUGGCGUCUGGACGUCAGUAGCUGUUGUUUGGUUUGAGCUUGUUGAUUACGAGGAAGUGCUAGCCAAAGCAAAGGACUUCCGUUAUAACUUAUCAGAGGUACUUCAAGGAAAACUAGGCGUCUAUGAUGCCGAUGGAGAUGGAGAUUUUGAUGUGGAUGAUGCCAAAGUUUUGCUAGGCCUGACCAAAGAUGGCAGUAAUGAAAAUAUUGAUUCUCUUGAGGAAGUCCUUAAUAUUUUAGCAGAGGAAAGUUCAGAUUGGUUUUAUGGUUUCCUCUCGUUUCUCUAUGAUAUAAUGACUCCUUUUGAAAUGCUAGAAGAAGAAGAAGAAGAAAGCGACAUUGCAGAUGGUGUUGAUGGUACGUCACAGAACGAAGGGGUUCAGGGCAAGACUUGCGUCAUUUUGGAUUUACAUAACCAGUAACUAUGAUGCAGGGAAUGAAACCGUGGAUUACAAAAACCCUAAGCAGUGUCUUCUUUCAUUUCAUCCCUUUGCUUAAGCACAGCUUGACUGUGUAGUACACACUUUGAAUGCACAGUCAAAAUGAACCUUGCCCACUAUGGCUCCUGGCUAGUCCCUUGCUCAACUGCCUUCACUUUUAGUGAAGAAAAUGGCAUUCCUUAUUGUUGCCAUCAUUCGCAAAAUGCAUUGAAGUUGAUUUUCAUGGGGGAAUAGUUGAUUUCUGUGUUGUUCUAUUUUGACUUAUGUAUUCACUGAACUAAGUUUGGAAACUUAACAGUAGCAGUUUGUGUUGUGAUUAACCUUUGAUGCUUGUCUUUCUAACACAUUAAUGAGAAUGAUACUGUUGGACUUAAUUAUACAAAGAUUUCCUGCAUGAUUCGUGACGUAAAUGCUUUUCUGUUGAUCCUUAACAUGUCUGUAAAAUGGUGUAUUUCAAAAGCUGAUAUUUUCUUUGUGAUUGUUUUUGGAUUAACUAACUUGUCGGAUAGGCUCACACAAGUUUCAAUGUAAACAUUUGUAUUAAUGGUGCUUUUCACAUAAUUUUAAAGCAAUCCCUUGGUUUUACCUUAGGGUAAUUAAGUUAAUAUGUUCAGAUAAUAGGAUGUCUGAAUAUUUCUGCUUGUGAAAGCCAAAUUUAUUUUUAGUUUUAUUUUCAAAUAGACAUUCAGACAAAAUAAUUUGUAUUUUUUUAGUUGACAUAUGAAAGGGAAAAUGUGAAUAUGUAUCUUAAAAUGUUGUAUAUUAAAAUUAUUGAUCCUAAAUUAAAGUCUUUUCUAUUUUUUCCUUUAUUAACUUACUACCAAUUUUGGCUUGGAUACAUGCGUAUGAUUUUUAGAUUUAUAAAUGAAUUUAUUAGAGAAACGCAUUUUUCCCAUUAGAAAACCUUACAGGCAACAAACAUGUUUAAAUAAAUUUCCUUAAAAUGAAUGUCAAUAUGUCAAAAACAAUUGUAUUGUCUAAAUAAGAGGUGUGAAAUCCAAUGAUGUUUUUUUUCUCAUAUUACUGUCAGGUCAAUCUGUUUUGGCUUGAAAAGACUAGGGCUUGAGGUGGGCCCUCAGUUUGUCACUCUGUGUUGCAGUGGAAUUUCAUGUUUAUAAGUCACUUUGAGCUUCUCAGGAAAUUUUCUGGACUUUGUUUCCUCAAAGAGUUUAUGACUUGAAAAUGUUUGCAUGUUUAAACACUUUAUCCAUACAACUUCUUGUUUUUGUGUAUUUAUCUAACUUGCUUUCUUGUGUUCAGUAAGUGUAUUAUUUAUCUGUUUGAGAGGAUUAUGACAGAUUUCCCCCCGCUAUUAUCAGUCACUCUUAUAGGCUACAACAAAAAGAGUCUGAAAAGUUAAAUUCUGGAGUCAGUACACAGGACACACAUCCCCUGUGCCUACCAUGUCCAGGGGUCAGCAAACAUGGGAUAGCCAUUAUUAACUACAAGCAUUCUCUAGCUACUUUUGUAUACAAAAGCACAUGUUGUACAUUGUAUAGUGGCCUUUAACAGCCAGAAUGGCAAUUAAAACGUAAUUUGUCUUGUCCUCAUUUUUCAAGAAACAGACUUUAUUUUGUUAAUGUUUCUGGCACUAGAAUCUUCUAUUUUCCAGAUAGUAUAGCACUUCAGCUAAGCCAUGUCUUAGUAGAAAAGUUUCUGCCACAAAUGGCAUCAUUUAGUAGUGUUCUUUCUGGAAGUUUGCCAGUGUCUAUUGUGAACUUGAGUAAUGUACAAUAGCAGAGGCCCUUGGAUUUCAGUACCAAGUUAAUUAUGCUUCCCUCCUAAAUGAAAUACACUUAAAAUGUCUGAGAUGUAUCUUUAAAAAGAGUUUUAGUUGUUAUUGUGUUAUGGCUAUUAACUCUAUAAGAUGUUUGAGCAAUUUAUGAGAAGUAAAUAAUUAAAUGUGUGUGAAAAAUGUUUGGAAUCAUUAAUUUCUUACCAGCCUUCCCUCCGCUCUUGUUGGUCAUGAUACUAAUACAUGUUUUAUACACAGAAAUUAAUUAUGCUUUAUUUUAAAGUAGAAAGAAAGGAUGUGAGAUAAUCAUUAGACAUGUAUUCUGUACCACUUCUCCUCAGCCCUUUUGAAAAGUUUCCAGUGAGGGAAAAGACAGGUAGCUGACGAACCCCUGAAUUCUGUGACUUCCUUCAGCUUGGACCUAAGGCUGUGUGUAAAUGGGAAAAUGUAAGGCUGUUUGCAAUAUUGUGCUAUAAACAACCUUGAAGCUGAUCUACAAAACUCAACCUAAGUCUUAAUUGACUUUAUAUAUAAAUCUUAAUUUUCUAAAUAUUUUGUAGUUACCUGUUUCAUACAAUAUAUGUUUUCCUUUCUCAUGGCUUUUAAACCAGAAAAUUUACUUAAAUGUGCCAAAAUUGAACCCAGCAUAUUUAUUUGGUUAUGCUUACAGUAUUUAAGUCAUGCUCUAUUAGGUGUUUUAAGUUUUGAACAACCAGGAAUUUCAGUGGACUAUACCGGGAAUUGAGAGGCCAUGUGAUAUAUUCACAGCUGUGUUUCUCACUUCUGCACAUGACUGUUCCAUGGGACUGGCACUGAGUUUUUGCAAAAACAAAGCAGUGGCACCCUGGAAAAUUGUUUUCCUGCAUUUCUGCUUCUUUCCUCACUGGUUUCCCUCGGGGGCAAGCAUGGUGGUUGAAGGUCAGUUGGAGAAGAGUGUUGGCAGUGCUGUUCUUGCCAGCUGCCCCAGAGCAGCUGUCAGCCGUAGAUGCGCAGCACCUGCAGAGAUCCAGUAUCUGACGACACAGUGGAAUCCUGGGCUCUCCUACUGGCUUCUUUCAUUUGCAGAUGACCUUUGUCUUUGUAGAGUGCUAUCCAGACAUGGAAGAAAACUUUUUUGCUUCUCUGGUUUCUUCUGUUUACAGUUAGAUCAAACAAUGUCAAUUCUUGAACUUAAUGUUUCCAACUUUAGAGAACUGUAAAAGCAAAUAAGUGCUUAGCUAUUGAUCUCAUGGCAGUUAUACCCAUGGGGGCAUGAUACUCAGUAUUGCUUUUUGAAUAUGCUUUUAGCUAGCUACUGAAGUCCAUAAAACCUACAAGACAUUGUUUGUGAUUGGAGCUGUGGAAUCUUCUUUAUCACAGUGCAUCUUGGGAGCACUUAGUGAGAAAUACAGCCUUAUUUUUGGAAGUUGGUUGAUGGGACAAGUGUGCUCAAUUCUUUGCCUCUGUCAUUGUUUGAUAUAACCAUGUAAUAUUUGGGAGCAGAUAUGAACUGGAUUAUGCAGUUGUUGAAAGAAUCAGGCCUUAAGCUUUAUUUGAAUUCGUCUUUAAAGCUGAGUGCAGUAUGUGAUAUUGGUUAGUCUCUUAGGAAUAUUAUCAUAUGCUAUCUUAAUGAGUGAGAGCCCCUAGAGGUCUCUCAACUAUUCUUUGCACCAACUGAAAGAAGUGAGGGGAUUAUUGAACUUGCUUUUGGCAAGGGAAAUACAUUUUGGAAUUCACAAAGCAAAUCAGCUUGUGAUAGCAAAGGUCUUCAAGUGAUCUUUGCACUGUGACGUGUAUUUGCAUUCUCACUCAUCCUUUCAUCUGGACAUAUACCCUUCCUGCUCUUUUCCAGUUAUGAGCCUCUCCUUCCCUCCCUACUUACCCAUAGAGGGUUGGUAAUUCAUAAUGUGCUUUCCAAAAAUAUAUAUAAUAUUUUUGUUUAUUUAGAUAUUUAAACAUGAAAAAAAAAAGUUGUAUUUUAACACAAGACUAGACAUUGGUUGUAGAGCUAGAGUCUGCCAAACUCACAAGACAUUGGGUAGGUAUUUGGAAACUGUUUCUGCUCCGUGUUUUCAAUGGAGAAAUGAUCACAAAGUUCUAAUUUGAGAAGGAGGAAGCAACUAAGGCACAGAGUCUCAACAAUCAGGGACCAUGGAAGUGACUGAAAUCCUGUGUGUGAUACCAGCUAACCAGUCCUGAACACAGUGUUGAAAAGUCUGUGAUGGCUAUGUGGCUAUUAGUCAUGAAGCCAGUUGUCUGAAGUUGUUACCUGUUGCAUG